UCGGGAUAUCUAGAAUAAAACUUAUAUUUGUAUUUAUUUAAGAAUAAUGGGACCCUUCGGCACUUAUCUUGCGUUGAUGACCGCCGCUUGGGGAAUGCAGCUUUGCCCUCGACUCUAUCUUGGUUCGAGUCAAUCGGUGUUAAGACUGCAGAUCUCCAGCUUAACUCGGGCCUUUAUUGAGGCCAAUCUAUAUACUCUAAUUACGAUGAUGAUUCUACUGCUGCCCUUCAAAAUGUUUACAACCCGGCAGCAACGUAACUUCAAGUUCAUCUUUGUGAUGCCCUAUUUGCUGCAGUAUAUCAGCUGUUUCUGGAGCACUACCCAAAAUAUAAAGGAGCUUCUGACGUCACCUGCGAUGCUGGCGGUGGAGGAUUACGUCACAGUGCACCUAAAAAUGAUUCUGAUCCUUGGUCUGCAGCUGCUCGCAAUGAUAGAAAUGGCUUUCGUUCUGUUUUACAUCCUGAAGAAGGAGGUGGCUAAAUAUAAAUGAUCUGGAGGUGGAGAAGACAAAAGCAGGAGCUGUAAGAUUAAAUUAAAGCUCAUACCCUUGCGCCAACUCCUUUCAACAAUUAGCAGCGGAUUAUUUGAUUAGCUUGCUAAUUGCCUUGUUCUUAGCACCGCACCAAAUAAAUUUUGUGAACACUUA